AUGAUGAUGAUGAUGAUGAUGAUGAUGAUGAUGAUGAUGAUGAUGAUGAUGAUGAUGAUGAUGAUGAUGAUGAUGAUGAUGAUGAUGAUGAUGAUGAUGAUGAUGAUGAUGAUGAUGAUGAUGAUGAUGAUGAUGAUGAUGAUGAUGAUGAUGAUGAUGAUGAUGAUGAUGAUGAUGAUGAUGAUGAUGAUGAUGAUGAUGAUGAUGAUGAUGAUGAUGAUGAUGAUGAUGAUGAUGAUGAUGAUGAUUUGGAUGAUGAUGAUGAUGAUGAUGAUGAUGAUGAUGAUGAUGAUGAUGAUGAUGAUGAUGAUGAUGAUGAUGAUGAUGAUGAUGAUGAUGAUGAUGAUGAUGAUGAUGAUGAUGAUGAUGAUGAUGAUGAUGAUGAUGAUUUGGAUGAUGAUGAUGAUGAUGAUGAUUCGGAUGAUGAUGAUGAUGAUGAUGUUGAUGAUGAUGAAACUUUCAACCGUUAUACUUAUUAUCUAG